CCCAGAACUUUCGCAGAGGAGUGAAAGACUACUUUGCUCCCUCUUUAAAAUCCCGUUUUGUCGUAUGAUUCAUUAAUAAAUAAUACUUCUUUGGUGUCAUGGCGGAGUCUGCAGUUUGUCCCGCAUUUCAGCUAGGAAAGUCGCAAUAUAACCAGAAAACCUUUUCUGGGCGACUGAGACACUUCCUGGAUGUGAUCGAUCCUCGGACUCUGUUUGUGUCUGAGACUCGUCUGAAAGAGUGCAUGAAGCUGCUGGAUGACUUUAAGCACGGCACUCUUCCACCCGGAGUGUCAAAUGAGCAGCUCUGGGAAGCUCAGAAGAUAAAGCAGGCCAUCAUCCACCCCGACACUGGGGAGAAGAUCUUCAUGCCGUUUCGGAUGUCAGGUUAUGUGCCUUUUGGAACGCCAAUAGUUGUGGGUCUGCUCCUGCCAAACCAGACGCUCGGGUCCACAGUCUUCUGGCAGUGGUUAAACCAGAGUCACAACGCUUGCGUGAACUACUCUAACAGGAAUGCCACUAAGCCCACUCCAGCUUCCAAGUUUCUCCAAGGCUAUAUAGGUGCAGUAAGCAGUGCUGUCUCCAUUGCGGUGGGCCUGAACAUGCUGAUUGAGAGAGCUGCCAGGUUCAGCCCAGCCACACGAGUGAUGGUCCAGCGUCUGGUCCCCUUUCCAGCUGUGGCCAGUGCUAAUAUCUGCAACGUGGGGCUGAUGAGGCACACCGAGCUAAAGGAGGGCAUCGACGUGUUGGACAGCAGCGGCAACGUGGUGGGGACAUCCAGAAUCGCAGCCAAGCACGCAUUAAUGGAGACGGCCCUGACGCGAGUGGUCCUCCCUAUGCCAAUCCUGGUGUUCCCACCCAUCAUAAUGGCCUUCUUGGAGAAGCUUCCUCUCCUUCAGACCCAUAAGCGGCUGGUGCUCCCCGUCCACAGCUUGGUGUGCUUGGCUGCCUUUGGCCUGGCCCUGCCUCUAGCCAUCAGCCUCUUCCCUCAGAUGUCCCAGAUUGAGGUGUCCCAACUGGAGCCUGAGAUUGGCCUGGCAACGGACUGCAAGGUGGUGACCUACAACAAGGGCCUGUAGCCAGUGGAAAGAAGGGGGAACAGAAGAGACGGAACAAAGCCCAGUUCCUUUGUUGUAUGCACUUCUUCAGUAUUAGCCAGUUAGCCUCCAUUGGGUUCAGGUACUUAGAGUGUAAAGCCUUUUAAACGGAGACGCGGACUAACACAGCUGGCCGUACAGUAGUACGCUUAUUUCAUGCAGCACUGAGCAGUGAGAGUUCAUUCGGAGCAGGGAGGCGAUACACAGAAUUCUUUGGGCUUUCUUAGGUUGACACUUGGAUGCAGCACAAACUAGAAUGGAAAUCAGGUGAGUGGGCGGGCUUGAAUAUCCAAUAUGGCCUCAAAUAGGUCCAUAACACGAGGAAGCCAAUUAACAUAUCAACCCCCUUAUUGGUUCGAAAAGUUGUGUAGGGAGUUUAGAGACGUCCUGUUGAGAGAUGGUUAACAUACUGCUGUUUCUUGGUGGAUUUCCCUCAUGUCCGUACCCAACAUGGAAAACCUCACCCAGAAGUCAAAGUUGCACCUUUACCGACAGCUAUGCAAGAAGGAACGCAGCUGCAGGGUCAGGUAGGUACACUGAAACGGUGGCAGUCACCCACAAGCUCUGUGCUAAAACAACAAGCCAGCGUAGCAAUACCUUCUGUGAUGGAGCUUAGACUCAGGCUUCCAGCUUUAAGUUCAACCUCUUCAGCCUGCUCCAGUAGCUCCUUCCCGAUUUGUGUCCACCACUGCCUGGUAUCUCUCUCUCUCUAACCGGUGUUCAGGUAAAAUUAUACACACUAAUGCACUUUAAAAGUCUAAAGAUCAAUGACUGGAACUUACACACUGAGAAGAUCCUUACUUUUUAAGAAUACAUGUUUUCUAUAAUGUAUUCCCUUAUUCAGACAUGCUGAAUAGUCCAGGGUAGCAAUUAAGGGAUAACCUCACACUAACCAGGUCGAAAUGGGUCUUUCUCAGUUGAUUCAUUAACCAUCAUUAGGAUCAGCUAGUUGGGCAGGUAUAGCUUUUCUGCACUAAUCGAUUUGUCCAGCUAGGCAAUUUGUGUCUCUGUUCAAAAUUCUUUCUUUUAAGAUCUGCAAAUCACUAUUCGUCGGUAGUAUGGUUUGUUUCUGUAAACAGUCUUAAUUUUGUAUGGUGAAAGAAAGCAUGCUAUAACCACAUAGCAUUCCAGUUCUCCAAGCUUGUGGUUCUUUUAAUUCGCCUUCUUACCGUGAUCAUUGUUGACGCUUCGUGAUACUUAGAGUGAGGAGUGACAAACAGGGUAAGAGACUUUGUGUCAGACUUAAGUUUUCUGUUUUGCUCACACAUCGCAGAGGACUAAUUUAGUAUCCAUGGACACAAAGAAAGGACAGAACAUUAAGUGGGUACCCUGCUUUAUUGUGCAUAACAUUGUGCUUCGUUCACAAAUACUGAACUUGUUAUGCAGUGAUACAUACCAAAUAACUGUUAAUGAUAUUUUGCUCUAAUCUUAUCAUAGCAGUUAACUUGUUUUUAAUGACUUUAACUGAUUUUUUUUUCUGGUGGCUAAAAACUGAGGAAAACUGCAUCUGGCUAACUUUGACCACUGUCUUAAAAUGUACUAAUGUGAAGCAAUAUAUUUGUACACCAA